AUGUUUUUGAUACUGCGAUGUGUGGAUUUUUCUACUAGUCCAAUAAACGUAGAUGAGUACUUUUUAGAGUUCUUAAACUUCAGCAAUACGUCUGAACAUGGACCUUUUGAACAAUUGCAGAAUGUGUUAAAAGCUCUUGAUCUUGAUGAUGUGAGAGGACAGGGAUAUGGCAUUGGGUCUCUGGUGAAAGGAGGAGCUGAAGGGUUAGCUCUUGAACCAUUGUCAACCAUACGCUGGGAGAGUUGCCUUGAAUGUGUCAAAGCAAUAAGGUUCCAUGCUUCAGAUAUAAUAGAAGCCUUACUUCAAGUAGCAGAUACUGAGUUUGACCUCGGAAUAGUCAGCCAAACUAAUUGUCUAGCAACAUAUGGUCUUGAAUAUGAGUUCUUGUUAGGUAUGAUCAUUUGGUUUGAUAUAUUAUCUGCUGUUGAAUCUGUAAGCAAAUACUUGCAAUCUAAAGUUAUGCGUCUUGAUAUUGCUAUUAUUGAAGUAAAAAGGUUGAUCAAGCUUUUUGAGAAGUACAGGGAAGUUGGGUUUGCAGAAGCACUGAAUGUUGCUAAAGAAAUUGCCACCAAAACGGAAAUUGACUCUGUGUUUGAUGAAGAACUUGAAAUUCGUAGGAAAAAAAAAAAACGUUUUGGCAAGAAUGCUGAUCAGUCAACCCCUGAAUCACUUGAAGAAUCCUUCAGAGUUCAGUAUUUUUUUUUAUUUACUGUGGAUCAAGUUACUGGUUUAUUGAAGAGUACACUUGCACAGUACCAAGCAUAUGAGGAUAUCUCUGGGUUCCUAUUUUGUUCUCAGAAGUUGAACUCAUUAGGGGAGGAACAUUUACAAACUUCUUGUGAUCAUCUUGCAAUGUUUCUUAAUCAUGGGAAGUUUGCUGAUUUUGAUGAGAACAGCUUAUUCAAAGAACUGAAAAGCUUUCGGAAGCAGUUGCCGAAAGAGAAUAUGACAGCCAUUGAGAUAUUGAAUUUUAUGAAAGGACUGGACUUCCUUCCACAUGCAUCAAUAGCCUAUAGAGUUAUGCUGACCGUACCUUCCUAUUCACAUCCACUGGUGGUCUUUCAAAGUUGGAGAUACUGA